GGACGUAACCUGGAUUAUUACAGGCGAUUGUUUAUGUCCCUCAUGUGACAUUGCACUGUAUUUAUCUUCUGUGAUGUGUUAUUUUGUACAAACUGUAAUUCAUUGUGUCGAGUGACCACUUUCAAAGUAGUUUCAAAGUAACGUUAUCACAUGGAAACCACACCGCUGUUUGUAUUUGUUAAGCUCCACAGUCAGUGUGGAGUCUAAAAGAUUUAGAAGAUGGUUAAAUUAUACGACAGCUACAGAAAUUAUUUGCAAAUAUAUAAAUUUGCAUCAGAUAAUAUCUGCAGAUAUCUUUCACCGGCCCGAAAUAAAAAUGAAGUCCGUUUUAAGACUUCAGGUGCAGGUUUACAGGAGAGACAGAGGCAGCUCAUGGCACGAGGUUUGCCAAAACUGAAGCCCAUAGCUGGAGUCAAAGAGGUCAUUGUUGUUGCAUCAGGGAAAGGAGGAGUGGGAAAGUCCACAACAGCAGUCAAUCUUGCUCUUGGACUUAUGGCUAAUGAUCAGAGUAAAGCAGUGGGGCUUUUAGAUGCUGAUGUCUAUGGACCAUCAAUUCCAAAGUUAAUGAACCUGAAAGGAAACCCUGAAUUAACCGACAACAACUUAAUAAGACCCCUUGUGAAUUUUGGAAUUCCUUGUAUGUCAAUGGGCUUUCUGGUUGAAGAGGUUGCACCUAUUAUAUGGAGGGGUCUGAUGGUGAUGUCAGCUAUUGAGAAACUCCUUAAGCAGGUAGAUUGGGGACAUCUAGAUUACCUUGUGAUUGAUAUGCCACCAGGAACUGGAGAUGUCCAACUGUCUAUUACUCAAAAUAUACCGAUAGCAGGUGCAGUAAUAGUCUCCACUCCUCAAGACAUCGCUUUGCUCGAUGCACGUAGAGGUGCCGAGAUGUUCCGAAAAGUUAACGUUCCGGUAUUGGGCCUGGUUCAAAAUAUGAGUGUUUUCCAGUGCCCCAAAUGCAACCAUCAAACACAUAUUUUUGGCUCAGAUGGGGCUAAAAAGCUGGCUCAAACUCUCGAAGUUGAGAUGCUUGGUAAGGAGACAUUCCUCUUCAUCUUAACAUUAGAGAGACAUCAGACAAGGGACAACCUGUGGUGGUGUCUUCACCAGAUAGCCCAGAGGCUCUGGCUUACAGAAACAUCGCAGCAGCAGUGGUCCGACGACUGGCGGAGCUUUCAAGAUGAAUGACCUCCAGAUUAAAUGUAGUUUAAAAUGAUCAGUAUUCAGUUCCAAAUCAUUUUCACAUCAGUAUGCUGUUCAUAUGCACAGUACAGAAAUGUAUUUAUGUUCUAUAUUUGAAUCAACAUGCUGUUCAUGUUAUAAUUGUAUGUAUCAACAUGCAGUUCAUGUUAUUAAAACAAUCUUAUAAAAUAA